UUGCCUCGCAGAAAAAACAAACAAACGAGGUAUUUGUCCUAGGGAGGAGAGGGAGGAAGGUUGCGCCGCCUUACAGUGGUACGGCACACCGCCCAUAGCCCGUAGUGACACUUGCGACCUAUGAUAUCACCUGGAGCCUGGACCACAUCUAUGAAGCUCUUACUGCUGUUUCCAUUACUUCUACUCUCGCGGACGGCCUUCGCUGCCGAAGGAGAAACCAGCGACCACGCCAGUGACCAUGCCAGUGACCACGUCAGCGACCACACUAGUGACCACACCAGUCACCACACCAGUCACCACGCCAGUGACCACGACGAGCCCAGCGUGUUUGCCUUGGGCGAGUAUUUCGACUACGAUACCUUCGUCGUCCUGGUCAGCAUCGUCGGUGGCUGCGCCAUCGUGAUCGAGCUCGCGUUGAGCAAGUACGAGCAAUGGCUGAAGAGCGAGGGAGACACGUUUCAGAGCACUCUGUACGAGAAAAUCGUGCGAGAGCUCAUGACACUCGGGGUGGUGAGUUUCGCGCUUUACCUUCUACAUCCGGUGGUGGAGGAGGGGGACCUGUUUCUCGUCUUCGAGUUCUCCCACUACGUGAUUUUCUUCAUCGCCAUCUUCACGGUGCUGCAGCUGGUAAUGCUGGGCGCAUCCACCUAUCCCAUCAAGCGUCGGUGGGAUAUUGCAGCGUACAAAAGCAAGGAGGAGCUCCUGGAGGGCUACAGAGCGAUGAUCGCGCGCACGCACAAGUGGUCGAUCCCCAUGUUCGGGCUCGGUCGCGUGUCGCUCGACGUGUUCCACUGGGGCAGCAACUGGAAGUGGACUGACGCCGUGCAGUACCACCUCGCCCGCUCUGUCUUCAUUAGGCAGCACCGCCAAAACGCGAACUUUGACUUCGCGAGGUACGCGUGCAUGGUGACAGACCGACAGAUUCUCGGCAUGGCCAACGUCUCGCUCGUCAGCUGGCUGGCACUUCUCGUUUUCCGCUGGGUCUCGUACGGUCUGCAAGUAGGGUUGUCUCGCGACGGUGGCACGGUGAGCUUCCGGGCGUGGUUUGUCUUCGGGAUAGUCCUCUGCCUGUUGGAGCUGUCGCUCCUCUUCGCGUGCAUGCUGGGGGUCAGGAGGGUGUGCAUCAAACUGGGAGCCGAUCCCCAGGACCCCGUGAAAACGGUGGAUGCUGUCCUCGAGAGGAUCUGGGUCGCCCCGAUGACCCACGUGCAGCACGCGGCAUCGAUGCACGGGAUCGUGAGGCCAGCACUUGACGAAGGAGCAACGGCCGACACGCCUAGAAAUUCUUGUGCCGUCGACGCCGAUCAAGCGGCGGUGGUUCACGGCAGCGAGGGUAGCGGGGGUUUAGAGGCGGGCGGGAGCGCGGUCCGCUCGACGAUGCCGGACUUUGCAGUGGAGAUGCCAGUGAGAGGGGCGAACAUCCCGGAGAUCACAAUGAGAGAUGCGUUCGUCCUGCCGAUCGGCAAAGCGUACAAGCAGGCCAUCGAGAUUCUGAUGCUGCUGAACUCGUACUACCUGGCGUUCUACGCGGUGUACUUCAUCAGCCGUGCCUCCAAGAGUGACACCGAGUGGGUGUGGAUCAUCGUGCUGCCGCUGCCCAUUCUAGCCGGCGUGCUAAUGGCGUACCGGAGGGUACUCCCGCUGAUCGCGUUGCUUUCGACGAUCGUCAUGAUGCAGCCCACGGACGUGGCAGAUGUGGAACAAGAGGCCGAGGAACUGAACAAGCUUCGCCGCAAGCUGGUGAUGCGGGUGGAAGACGUGCUUGAGCAAGAAUUUAAGGCGAGCUUGCGCCGAGAGCGGCGAGACACGUGCUGAUGGCCAAACUUCGGCGGCUUUUCUGCUCAAGCGUUGGGACGAGGACGACAACGGGCACCUCAGUUACCAAGAACUGCACCAGGGGCUGGAGGAAAUUGGCCUCCUUCUCUCCAGCAAACAACGACGGGAGUUGAUUCGCCUCGCGGACCCGGACAGGAGCGGUGGCGUGGAUAUCAAGGAGCUGACUGAGCUGCUCUACGACGUUGAGGUCGAGAUAGCGGCGGGCCGAAGUGUAGACGAAGAACAGGCCGCGGCGGCAGCGCCAGGACGCAUGGGACUGACCACCAGUUUAAGCACGAAGGUCGGUUUCCGUAGGACAGGCAGCGGAUUGCGUCCCAACGGUUUGUCUGACGGUGGCGUGAAUGACAGGGUGGAGCGUUUGCUGCGCAAGAGGGCGUCCGAGAAGUGGUCGUGAGAAAGGCCGCGACACAGAUGGAGCAACUUUAAUGACGGUGUGUUGACGCUUUACUUUGUGUGGGCAUUUUAUUGGUGAUCGUGGUGGUGUGGCGGUCGUGAUGAAGGAUGAAGGAUGCCGGUUGGCGUCCAAGCGCUAUUACUAUUGGAGGUUUGGCUGCGGCGCGAAAGCGUGUGCGGAGCCUUGCCUGUCGGGGAGGACGGCCGGAAAGAAGUUCGUGAAAGUGUUCCACGACAGAAGCAGACCGGGUGAUGAGAAGGUCUUGCCGGGGGGUGGUGAGAGGUCUCUUGAUGGUGGUGUUGGUGUGACCGGGCGUUGAAUGGGUGUCAAGAGGUUGUUCGUACCACCAGGGCUCGAGGGCUUUGGGAUGGAAGCGGGGGAGAGGGUGGUCGUGAGUGCCAAUUCUGAGUUAUUUUACUCUCUGCAGGGCGAGGCACGGGGGGGGCGCGCGGUAGCGUGGACUGGCAUCAAUGGUACAUGUCCAUGUCCCACAUUUCUGCCAGAUGUUCGUUUUUGGGGGAAUCGAUGGCGGCGUCUACUGAGACUGGGCUUGACUGAUAACUCUAGGGGGAUGCUGUCUUUCUUUGCUAAUAACGUGUACGAUACUUGCACUUGUACGCACUUCUUGAUGGUGUCACCAAAAGCUCCAAGUAGGGGAUGGGACAGCUAAAUAGUGUUGUAGAAGUCACAGUAUUGCAUGCAAGUCCUCAGGAGGCAAAGCAAAGUUACGAGGCGGCGUGAGUCAAGAGCGAGUGCUCCUCUGUUGUCACAAUACCAAAUAUAAUCUUGUUUUAAUAGC